AUGAGUCCCUCCUUGAUGGUCCCCCGGCCCAGAAGUGUGGUUACAGCUGUUAGCACUGACCAUAUACAAGACCUGAGUGGGCCAGAACAGAGACUUCUCAAAAAGCUGUACGAAGGUCUGAUCGGGGGACAAAGAGCGUCUCUGGCAGAGUCCAUCACACUUGUGGAGACCCAGCAUCCCAGAAAGAAGGAACUGGCCCAGGUGCUGCUGCAGAGGGUGCUGGCCUACAAGAGAGAGCAGGAGAGUCGCAAUGGAGGGAGACCACAGGCGUUCAGAGUUGGUCUGUCUGGCCCUCCAGGUGCAGGGAAGUCUUCCUUCAUUGAGGUGGUGGGGAAGAUGCUCACGGGACGGGGACAUAAGGUGUCCGUGCUGGCAGUGGAUCCAUCUUCAUGCACCACAGGAGGGUCCCUCCUCGGUGAUAAAACACGUAUGACCGAGCUCUCCAGGGACAUGAGCGCUUACAUUCGCCCUUCUCCCGCCUCUGGGACACUGGGAGGGGUCACCAGGACGACCAACGAGGCCAUUGUCCUGUGUGAAGGAGCAGGUUAUGACAUCGUCCUGGUGGAGACUGUAGGUGUGGGGCAAUCUGAGUUUGCAGUGGCCGACAUGGUGGACAUGUUUGUGCUGCUGAUUCCUCCAGCAGGGGGCGAUGAACUCCAGGGUAUCAAGAGGGGCAUCAUCGAACGUGCCGACCUGGUAGUGGUUACCAAGUCGGACGGGGACUUGGUGCCACCUGCCAGAAGGAUCCAGGCUGAAUACACCAGUGCGCUCAAGCUGCUGAGAAGACAGUCCCGCUCCUGGAACCCAAAGGUGGUGCGCGCCUCUUCUUACACCAACGAGGGCAUCCCCGAGGUGUGGGCCAAGAUGGAGUCAUACAGGGACACCAUGUUGUCCAGCGGGGAGCUCCAGGCCCGGCGACAGGCCCAGCAGAGGGUCUGGAUGUGGAGCCUGAUCCAAGAGAACGUGCUGUCCCACUUCCAGCUGCACCCUGCCGUGAGAGAGGCCCUGCCCCGCUUGGAGCAGAGGGUCACCAAGGGGGCCAUCUCUCCAGGACUGGCCGCCGAUCUGCUGCUCAAAGCCUUUGCUUCGUCGUGA